GAGGCAAUGGUUUCAACGCGCUUCGAAAUUAAUAGCACGCCGCCCGUGCGGUAUCCACGCUCAAUAUUCUUCAUCAUCAGCAAUGAGUUUAGCGAACGGUUCAACUACUAUGGCAUGCGAACGGUUCUGGCCCUGUACCUUACGCAAAAGCUGGCCUACAGCAAUGAUACUGCCACCGUGAUCUAUCACGUCUUUACCAGCCUGGCCUACUUUUUCCCCCUGAUGGGUGCGAUCCUGGCGGACAGUUGGUUGGGCAAGUUUAAGACCAUCUUCUAUCUGUCGAUCGUGUACUGUGCGGGCAGUACACUAAUAGCGCUCGGUGCCAUACCUCCGCUCAAUCUACCUGCCACCUGGAUGACGGUUCUGGGACUGCUGUUUAUAGCGGUCGGGUCCGGCGGUAUUAAGCCGUGCGUGUCCGCAUUCGGCGGCGAUCAGUUUAAGCUGCCCGAGCAGGCAGCUCAGUUGGCGAAGUUUUUCUCGCUGUUUUAUUUUUCCAUCAAUGCCGGUUCGCUGAUUUCCACCACCCUGACACCGAUCCUGCGCGAAGAUGUGCACUGCUUCGGGGAUAAUAGCUGCUUCUCGCUAGCGUUCGGUGUACCGGCCGUGCUGAUGAUCCUCGCGAUCGUGAUCUUCGUCUGCGGACGGCGGAUGUACACGAUCAACAAACCGUCGGGCAAUAUGAUCGUGCUGGUGUUUAAGUGCAUUGGGAAUGCGCUGUCGGUGCGUUCGAAGGAGCGUGUGGCGAAUCCGCGCCCACACUGGUUAGAUUAUGCCGAGUCGAAGUACGGCAAGGGUAUUGUGGCGGACAUUAAAUCGUUGCUGAAGAUCCUGAUCCUGUAUAUACCGCUGCCAGUGUUUUGGGCGCUGUUCGAUCAGCAGGGAUCACGGUGGACGUUUCAGGCGACGCGUAUGGACGGUGAGGUGGCUGGAUAUACGAUCAAACCGGACCAGAUGCAGGUGAUCAAUCCGCUACUGAUUCUUGCCUUUAUUCCCGUGUUCGAGAGCGUCAUCUAUCCACUGCUGUCCAAGAUCGGUAUCCGACGUCCACUGCAGAAGCUUUCGUUGGGAGGAUUGCUAGCCGGGGCUGCCUUUGUGCUGUCCGGAUUUGUGGAGAUUGCGCUCGAUCGUACCAAUGCGGUACUGCCAGCCGGGCACGAAUCACAGCUACGUAUUUUUAACGGAUUGCCGUGUGACUAUCGCUUCCACACCGAUAUACCUAACCUGACCGGGUUUAAUGUACCGUCGCGCGGUGCGUUCGAGGCACUGCAUAUUGAAGUCCCCGGCAGUAAUACCACGUUCCAGUUCCGGGCGGAAACGAGUGAAAUCGGAUGUGUGCGGGAAAACAUGACCGAGUUCAGCGGUACCUUCUACCUGAAUCCGGGCAACGCGGUCAGUUACUUCAUCAGCCGGAAGGGAGGCCGGAGCAGUCUGGUCGAGUACGCCGAUACGGCUGAGAAGGAUCGUAAUGGGGCGCCACUGAUACGGCUGCUGGCGAACGUGCGCACUACCAAGCAUAUCUCGCUGAGGCACAACCGGGACACCGGCAUUGUGUACAAUGUGCCGCUCAAUCAGUACGACCAGCUGGCCGUUACGGAGGGAGAGUACGGUGUGUAUGUGGGCGAUAGGGAGAUUGCCGCCGUGAAGCUAAGCCCGGGAGGGGUUUACACACUGAUUUUGGAUGAGUUUUUGGAGAACGAAUUUAACCUUCAAACGCACAUCAUCACACCGUCCAACUCGGUGCACAUGCUCUGGCUAGUGCCCCAGUACGUUGUCAUUACUGCCGGUGAGGUUAUGUUUUCGAUAACGGGGCUCGAAUUUUCCUACUCGCAAGCACCGGAAAGCAUGAAAUCGGUCAUCCAAGCGUUCUGGCUGCUGACGGUCGCUAUCGGCAACAUGCUGGUAGUGUUUAUUGCCGAGGCCAAAUUUGUACAGUCACAGUCGUUGGAGUUUUUCUUGUUUGCCGCCCUGAUGUUCCUCGACAUGGGACUGUUUAUGGUUUUGGCUAUGCGCUACCGGUACUCGGACAGUGGAACGUCACCGGAUUCGAUCGAGGUGGAUGACAGUACAUCGAAUGGCGGUAAGAAACGGCAGCAUGAUCCACUGGCGAUAAGUGAGUCACUGUCGGAGCGAAGUGCCAAGAGCACAACGUACGCUAAUGAAGCGUUCCGGGAAGACUGA